AUGGAUAAAGAAGGAAUGGUUCAUUUAAAAGCUACGGGAAAAGGACUGGAUGAUUCGGAUUUAGCUGUACAUCAAGAUGAAAUCAUUAAUACCGUGGUCAAGUAUGUACAAGAUUCCAUGCGAAAAGAAUUGGGGUUUCGAGAAGUUUAUAUUCCAGCAACGAGUUUACCUGAUGCACCAGUGAAAGCAAAUAUCUUUGUUUCGCAGAAUUAUGAGACAUGUAAAAAGUUACUCGUGUUUGUAGCAGUUAGUCGUGGUCUGUAUCCUGGUCUCUGGAGUCGAGGAUUGAUAUUACAUGCUGGUGUCAAGAGUGGAAGUAUGUUGGAGUAUUUUCGAAAAGCGAUCGAUGAAGGAUAUGGAAUUAUUGUCGCCAAUCCAAACAAAAAUGUCAUUGUCAUGCGGGACGGAAAGCAGAGAUUGCAAAUUCCUGGCUCGUCCAGUCCAGAAGAACAUAUGGAUUCCUUGUGGGAUUCCUAUGUGGCAGGAUCAGCAGCUCGACGUGUGUACUUUUUGGGAUACUCUUAUGGUGGAGUGUUGAUUAAGUAUCUAUUGCAAUCCCGUGGUGAUCAGCUUAUGCGGCGCAAUGGUGCCAUUGCAUUGAUAGAGUCGAGUCAUCGGAUUGAAGAUGGUGAUUCGCAAUCGGUCAAGUCGAUUCUUGCACAUCGUACGAUGUACUGGGAAAGCAAUGAUCAACCUUUUCAAACCAAGUUGGACGGUGAUGCGCCACAUCGUACGGGUUGUACGUGUUUGUCAGCUGGUAGACCACCUCGUGCUCACGCAAAUCAUUACUACGUCACUGCCUUUUGCAUUAAUAAGAUUGAGGAAGCGCUGUUCCGCUUCUUGGACACGCGGGAUGCUACGACCUACGUGGCUGGUGAGAAACCUGUUCCUGAACCGCCUGCUUCGGCCCCGGCAGUGAUUAACAAUGGUGUCAGUGGCCUUACUGCUCCACAGCUGCAGCGUCAAGAGUCUGCCCGGCGUGAAGGAAACAACUCCAAGAUGGGCAACAGUGAAAAACACUGCAAUCUGUGUCUAUUCCACUUUACGCUGUUUGACCGUCGUCACCACUGCCGUAUGUGCCACCGUGCGGUUUGCAACGCCUGCUCGCGUGACCGGCUCUUCUUGCCGGGAUCCAGUACGGCUCAGCGAGUAUGUACUGAGUGUGCCACGGAAGGACCUCGUGCGAACCAGGCCCCCACGAAUCCCCCUCCGAGCUACCCGCGCUUGAACCGUACCACUAGUGACGCUAUGACGACUACAAACGCCUCGACGGAUACGUCAUCACAAACGCGUAAUCGUUCGGACACGCAGAUGUCGAACCAGGGUCGAUCUGAGUCAAAUGCUCAGCCUCCUGGGAACUCGAAACUGAGUGUGGAGGAUUUCGAUCUGCUGAAGGUUAUUGGUAAAGGUGCUUUCGGUAAGGUAAUGCUUGUACGCAAGAAGGUUCCCGAUGCAUUAGCGAACCCGAACGCGAUCUACGCCAUGAAGGUGCUGAAGAAGGCAUCUGUGUUUGCGAAGAACCAGGUAGAACACACCAAGUCGGAGCGCCGUAUCCUCCGUGACAUUGAUCAUCCGUUUGUGGUGCGUCUGCGGUACGCGUUCCAGAACGAGGACAAGCUGUACCUAGUUAUGGAUUACUACAACGGUGGUUCGCUCUUCUUCCACUUGCGCAAGUCACGCAAGUUUUCGGAGAAGCGCGCUCGUUUUUACGCUGCACAAUUACUGAUGUCUAUGUCUCACUUGCACGAGCUCAACAUCGCCUACCGUGAUUUGAAGCUCGAGAAUAUUUUGAUGGACGACAAGGGUUUUAUCGCCCUGACGGAUUUCGGUUUAUCGAAGGAGAACGUGGACGUGCCUGAUGGUGCCAAGACUUUCUGUGGUACGGCCGAGUACAUUGCGCCUGAACUGUUGAAGGGCUUGCCUUACGGCAAGGCUGUCGACUGGUGGGGCUUUGGUACGCUACUGUAUGAAAUGAUGACUGGACAGACGCCGUUCUUUGAUCGCAACCGAAAGCGCAUGUUCCACAACAUUCUCCACCGGGACGUUGUUUUCACUCAGGCUUUUUCGGAAGACGCCAAGGACCUGUUGACGGGUCUGCUUCGCCGAGAUCCGGCGAAGAGAUUAGGCUCCGGCCCGUCGGGCGUACAGGAAAUCAUGGAUCAUCCGUUUUUUGCUAGUAUCGACUUUGACAAGCUGUUGAAGCGCGAGAUAGAGCCACCGUUUAAGCCUGUGGUGAACAGCGAAGCCGACACUGGUAACGUUGCCAACAUCUUCACGCGUGAAAUGGCGCGCGACUCACCAGUCACGCAGGAGCUAGGAGCUACGCAUCGUGCGCAAGCGCACUUUGACGGUUUCACCUAUAUGCCCGGCAACGAGCACUUUAACUAA